AUAAUUUUAUUUUCGAACCCCAAAACAUUUAUUUUCCUUAGGUUAAAACACAAAUUCUAGGAUCUACGAGUGUAAAACAAAUACGUGUCGGACUACUACAUUUACAUACACACGUAUGCAUUAAUGUAGCAGACUUGCGUCGACUUGGUAGAUCCGCGUUUUCUUCUCUUCUUUUGUGUACCUCUUCAUUCCCAACUCGGGCUGGAAGAUUUUUUAUUUUAUUUUAGGGGAUUUUCUUCUUGGGGGGAAAUUUUUUAACAGCUGGAUUAAAAGCUAACAAUACGACAUUAAAUUUUUUUAUCGUUGGUUUUUUUCUGUCUAUUAUUAGAUUUUCAAAGAAAUUUUCCAGUGUCUUCCCUCUUUCUCCCUAACGUAGGAGAUUCGAAAUGGCAAGAAAAUUCUAGAUUAUCAACGAUGCAUUUCAGCAAAUUCGACUCGUCGUUACGGAUUAGGAGAAAGUGAGGCGGGAGUCGUGGCCGUCGCCGGAGUGGGGGAAGAAGGAAGGAAGGCUCCGGAUCGGGGAAAGAGCCCAGUCCGAGCUGAACCGUCAUGUACUGCGAACGACCGUGUAAGAACGAGUGAAAAAGCGCGUCAAACGUUGAGCGAAAGGACGAUCGAUGGAGGAAGGAAGGCCGGGGAAGUGUCGGCUCAACGAGGACCACUGCGUCUCUCUCAACGACAUUCUCGUCUCCUUCAACGCCCCCAUUUCGGAGGAACACUGCUGGGCCAUUUGCUAUCAGUGUGCCAAGUGCUUUAGGAACACCCUUACAAGUGACAGGGCCAAGUGUCGUGUUGUUUCCGAACUGGACCAAGUCCUCAUCCACAGAGAUGGACACGUUCAUGCAAACACCAUAUUCGCCGGAGGAGGAGGUGACGACAGGAGCGGCCCGUCCGAACAAGCGGUGGUCGCCGGUCUUGGCCUUGUACUUUUCCGCGCCCUAGACUUCGGCAUCGAAGAAGACGAAGAGAGACACCUGAGCCCCGAAUUAACGAGGCUCAUACAAAAUAUGACUGCUGCAGGUAUGGAGGAUCGCCAGAUGAACGAGAUGGACGAUGAGGGGAUCGAAAGGGACGCCGGGGAUAGCUUCGAGGAUUCCAACCAGCACCACUCGUCCAGCCUCUCCCUCGUAUUACAGGAGUGUACGGUCCACCUUGGCUACGGGGGCAGCCAAGAAGCGGAUUCGCACUACAAGGCGGUCUGCAGAGCGCUGGUCACCGAGGCGCUAGAACUGUCGACUUUUUUGGAAAACGUAGGCACCGGGCAGCUUCGGCAGCAACAGGAGGCCCCCGACCACCUCGGCAAACUUAACUUUAACGAUUGGGCGAGGCUGUGGGUGCAGGUCAUCAGGGAGCUGCGGAUGGGCGUGCAGUUGAAGAAGGUGUGUUACACGCGGAAGCCGAUCGAAUUCGAGUUGACUCCCUACGAGAUACUCAUGGAAGACAUCCGCGCCAGGAGGUACAAACUCAACAAAGUCAUGAUCGACGGUAACAUACCUCAGCGCGUCAAAAAAGACGCCCACGCCAUUAUCCUCGAGUUCAUCAGGUCCCGCCCACCGCUCAAAAAGGCCUCUGAAAGAAAAUUAAAUCCGCCCAAACUUGUCAAUCGGACCCCCAGGGAGAACUUACUGGAAUCUAUAAAACAAGGCCAUGCAAAGCUCUUCCCUAUUAAACGAAAUGCGAAGGGUGAAAAGCUACCAGAAGAUAAUGAAGCCCCUCUCUCGAGUAAAAGUAACUCGGAGCAAGUUACCAGAAAUUCCAGGCGUCUCAUAAAAGUUGACUAUUCCCAUAUGUCGGCGGUCGGUUUCGACGUGGAAGACAAAGACCUGGAUGCGACUGACGACGGUGACGAGGAAGGAGAAGAAGGCGACGCGAAGAACAACCCCUGGCAGAGGACAGGUAGUCUAAGGCUGUCCCAGGCAGAGAUAGAUCACUACUGUGACACGGCACUCCAACCUUAUGAUCUAGCUACUCAAUGUCCGAGUAAGCGUGCUUCGAUGAGAAGGCAUACGGUCGUCGUCUGCGAGACGGGCAACAAAGGGAGCUUAAGCGUGCCACAAUCUAGGCCUACUUCAAGGCAGACGAACACACCGACUGACGAGUCGCUCUCCUGUACCCUCCCGGAGAUGACUUGGUCAAGGACAUCCUUACAGGACGACCUUCUGAAAUCGAAACAGUGGCAGGAAGAAUGUCUUUCUCUCACUCUUGAAGAAAUUGUCCAUAUACGUAGCGUCCUGACCAAAGCCGAACUUGAGAGUCUUCCAGUUGAAGGCAGGGUAAAAGAAGAUGCAGAAAGGCGGAAGGUAUGCUUCCUUUGUAUGAAAACGAGAUUUGGCAUCUUCGGCCCAUGGGGACAGAUUUGCAAACUCUGCAAAAGAACAGUUUGUGCCAAAUGUUAUUCCAAGAUGCGGAUACCAACAGAGCAUUUUUCACACGUACCUGUGGUAGCCCUUAGCCCAAGUAUGCUGUCGCCAAGCGAGGCUGACGACUCUUUUCCGAGGGCACUGGUGACAAAAUUGAUGGCUACUGAGAGGAGUGGUGUCGGGAGCGCACCGACGAGUCCGAAAAUAUCGAGAUCAGCUCCACCUUCUCAGAUGUCGACAAGCCUAAUAUCCGAUGGCCCUAUAUCUCUUCCCCCUUCGAGUCCUCUGUGUACCCCAAGUGACAAGUACGCUGUUUCAACUUCCCUUAGUCUUUGCUGCUUUUUUACGAAGUUAUUUUUUAGGUGGAGGAUGGCAAAAUCAAAGACUGUAGGCAGACAGAAAGCGGAAAAACUCAAGGGUCUGCAAAUGACUGUAUGCCAUGACUGCAAAACGAUGGUUUUGCAGAUAAUCAAAUCAUCUCGCACUACUCGCAACAUGGCUAUCCGGAAUCUAACUCUAGACUUAUCACCGGUUUAUUAAAAAAUCAAACAUUUAAUUUCUAAGGGUUACCUGUAUGAAUGAUGGAAGGACUUAUUAUCAAUGUACCUAAAAUUCACUGUGAAUAACUUUGCUUAAAUUAUUUGUAAAUACACAAAAUCUAUUUUUAGAUUUAGUUUCUUAGCACUUAUUCAGUUGCAAGUAGGGUCACUUUUUUUUUAUCCCACCCAAGUAAAUCUUGCAAAAAGUGUUUAUUAAUUGUAUUCCCUGUUCCUUGAUUAUAAUUUUGUUGUAAAUAUUGUAUAAUGAUGAUUUACCUGGAUUUUGAUUAAAUAUAGUUUUGUAAAAGUAAAUACAAUAUUUUGGAAAUAGGACUAUUAACGAGGGCUGUUUAAGAAUCCUUAGGUAAUGCUGUUAUAAAAUAUAUUUAUGUUGAAAAAAUGAUAGACCAAUAAUUAUAUUUAAAAUAGUGUAAAAUGUUUAUAACCUAAGUAAGCGAAAUAAACGAUUGACAAAAGUCAAAAAUCGUAAUCUCAUAAUAAUGAAAUAUAAUUUUAUUUUUUUAUUAUAAAAUGUCUCGUAAAUAAUUCAUUCUUUCAAUAGUACAAAUAAACAAUAAUAUUAUAUUCAUAUGCAUAUAUUUAAAUGGUGCUCUAUUUUGAAAUAGAUAUCUAUUAGUUAACAUAAAA